GGUUACCAACCUUGUGAAUGCCGCACUUAUUUAAAUAUUUAUGUCAUGUCGGUCGAGUUUUAGACCGGCGGCACAAUAGCCACCUCGGCAUGCAGCAGGAAAAAGCGCCAACUUCUGCAGCACGGAUUGAAUCGUCAAAAUCCCUAUAACCUGCUUUUACAUCUGAUAUUCAGUCAAAUAUAAAGAGUUUCCAUUUGACAUGAUUCGAGGGUGGUGUUGCAACUUCAUUGUGAAAAGUCAGGAGAGAAAAUGCCAGGUCUGCAGGGUGACAAUGUUGUGGCUUCACUCGGAAGUCCGAUUAAGAAGAGCAAACUGUCCCUGAAGUUCUUCCAGAAGAAAGAUACCAAACGGGCCCUGGAUUUCUCAGAACCUCUCGGAGAUGAAGCCAAGACAGAUGGACCAGUGGAGGCCAAGGCAAGUGAUCAGGUGGUGCCUGGUCCGGCUGUGUGUCCUGCCUCACCGUGUCUUCUUAUGCCAUGUGACAAGAGAGAGAACUUGGUGCCGUUUGUUGGCCUGAACAAUCUGGGCAACACCUGCUACCUGAACAGUAUUCUACAGGUGUUGUACUACUGCCCGGGUCUCAGAGAAGGCAUUAAGAAAUUGUACAAUCUAUCCAAACAGAAAGACAAACCGAAGGAAGAAAGUGAUAAAAGUGAAGAGCAGGCAGAUGGAGCAGGUGCGACGCUGCCCCCUCACAUGGAGCUCCUCGGGAGCUUCAACAGCCUGAUCACAUCAGUGGAGCAGCUGCAGUCCAACUUUCUGCUUAACCCCGGCAACUUCACUGAAGGAGAGCUCGCUACACCACCACGGAACAUACUGCACACACUCAGGCAGCUGAACCCGAUGUACGAAGGCUAUCUUCAACAUGAUGCCCAGGAGGUGCUGCAGUGCAUUCUGGGAUAUAUCCAAGAGGCCUGUGACACCAUCAGGAAGGAACGGGAGUUGGACCAAAAUGGUGAUGUAGCUGAGGGCCACAUGGAGAGCGGCGCCCACGUGGUUUCCAGCAAUGAUGUGUCUGAUUCCAAAAGUCCCAAAGAGGAAGACGGCCAAGUGGGUGGCAAGAGGAAGAGCAACACAGAGGUGGGAAAUGCCAAAAAGAAGUCAAAGUCCAGCAAGACAAAGAAAUCUGAGGCUGAGGUCUGUGUCAGCGUAAAUAAACCUGUUACACGCUCCAAAAGGAAGUCCUCCAGUGACAUCACAACAACCAGCACACAGGAGAAAACUUGGGGCGGCGGAGACGAAGACCGUGAAGGUGGGGGGGACUGUGAGGCAACGGGUGAAAAAGAGGUGGAGAGAAAAGGAAGAAAAAAGGCAAAACUGAACUGGCUGAGGCCAUCUGGGAAACAGCCAAGUAUCUUCUCAAAGUUCUGCAGUGUGGGGAAGAUCAGCUCAGUGAGCGCGAAGAACCAAAAGAAACCAGGCUCUAUAUACAGUGAUGGCUUAGACCUGAUGGAGCGCCUGUUCCAGGGAAGGCUGGUUCUCAGGACUCGCUGUCUGGAGUGUGAGAGCUGCACGGAGCGCAGAGAAGACUUCCAAGACAUCAGCGUCCCUGUGCUGGACGACACGCCCAGCAGCCCUGAUGACUUCUCUGACAUCUCUCCAGACCCGAAACCAGAAUUAAAGACUUUAAAAUGGGCCAUUGCUCAGUUUGCGUCAGUCGAACGGAUCGUUGGCGAGGACAAAUACUUCUGUGAGACCUGCCAUCAUUACACAGAAGCUGAGCGCAGCCUUUUGUUUGACAAAACUCCUGAAGUUGUCACCAUUCACCUGAAACGCUUCUCCGCCAACACUUUGGAGCUGGACCCUUAUGUCGGCCUGUCUAAAGUCAACACGCCAUUACAGACCCCUCUGACCUUGUCAUUGGACGAGUGGUGUACCCGCCCCUCCACCAGGGGGCAGCAGUAUCAGCUGUUUGCUGUGGUCAUGCACAGCGGCGUCACCAUCAGCAGCGGGCACUACACAACCUACAUCCGCCUGUCAGAUCUGAAAGACGUCAAACUGUGGGACUGUAAAGAUGCCGUGAAGGACAAAGAACAGGAGAGGAAAGGAGGCGAGGAAGCACAACAGAAAAGUGAGGUGCUGCAGUAUGAUGAUGGGGAGGUGUCUUUCAGUGAGAGGGGACAGACGGACGCAAACGGCAGCUUGGCGACCAAUAAAACAGGAAGUAAAAAGCUGUCAGAGGGCGGGGUUGGACUGUUGGGGGGCCAGAGGAGUUCAGCGAGUUACGACCUCGGCAAACACUCCGAUAAAGCGAACAACAGCGGGGCGUCAGAGGGGUCCAAGCAGAGAAGAACUUCUAACACUUUAAACAUCGAAGCAGAAAUGAAAAAGGAAGCCGAGCCUGUAGAGGAGGUGUGGUCGACCUGCAGCGGCGGGAUGGAGCAGAAGGUGGUGAACAGCCUCCUUCAAUACGAGGGCAAGUGGCUGCUGUUUGAUGACUCUGAGGUGCGUUUGUUUCAGGAGGACGAUUUUCUGCGAGCGUGUUCUCCUGAGACGUGCUCGUCAUCAACGCCGUACCUGCUGUUCUACAGACGAACGCCCGAGUCUUGACAUUAAACAACCCAAACAGUACUACAGCAGCCAUAGUGAGCGCUGAGCUCAAGAUUGUUUUUGCAGCGGCGUGUCGUUGCUGUUGGACUCACCUCAAAGAUCUGAACCGGUGAGGGUUCAAAAUCGCUUUCGAUAAGACAUGGGGCACAAUGUUUGCAGGAGACUCGUCUUUUUGAAAUCUGUUAUUUCUUUCUGUCACUAUGUGAUGCUGUGUGUGUGUGUGUGUGUGUGUGUGUGUGUGUGAGCGAGAGAGAUACGCAUUGCUCUUUCACUGGGUUUAUGUGGUUUAUUUUCACAAAAAGCUCUUCAAAUUAUAUAUAUAUAUAUAUAUAUAUAUAUAUAUAUAUAUAUAUAUAUAUGUGCAAUGGUGUUUUCAUGCUAUAUAGUUGCUAAUUUUUCAGAGAUGCAUUUGACCAAUUUUUUUAUUUUCUCCCACAUCAUAAAAAUAUUAUUAAAUCACUUGUAUGUUGAUGCCAUUUAUGCUGCAGAACCUGCAUUUUUAAAAUGUUCAAACAUCUGGGGGAUUUAUAGCUAUUGAUCAUGUAAAAAAUAAAAAAAAAUGGUGGGGGGAUUCUCUAUCAAAGGUUGUACACACAGAGGAAAAAAAUUAACUGUCAUGUGCUUUGGAAGUCCAAAAACUACACAGGCUGAGUCAUACUCUUUACAUGGCAUGUAUUAAUUCAACAUACAGUAUCAGUCAAAAGUUUGGACCCACUUUCAUAUUCAAUUCAAUGGGAACUUGUCCAAAUUUUUAACGGGUACUGUAAAA